UGGAGAAAUUGCUGCAAAUACGUGACUAUGGAGCUUAACACGAGUCUGGGUUUUAGGUUUCUUCAGUGAAUCUGUUAGGUUUCGAAAGCAAUUUCUGUAAAAUCAUCAGAUCGUCGUGAAAAUUUCGGGAAAGAACAAAACUUUACCGGUGUCUAAUCAAGUGAGCAGCACUAUGUCUGCUCAAGAGGACUUAUUGUUGAUGACGAAGCAUCAGAUUCUGAUGGAGAACUACGAGAGUCUGAAGGAAGAUUACGCGAGUCUUGAGCAGAGGUUUAAGCAUGUCGAACAAAUGAAUGAGACGAUGAAGACGUGUCUUCAGAGCCAUAACCAAAGUAAGGAACUUGUUGAGGCCACGAAUCCGGGCUUGCUCAGGGAUCUUGAGAGGGAGAGAGACGAGUACAAGAAGAUGGUUGAGGAGAUAAAGAGUGAGAGUGAGGGCAUGAUAAAUGAGUUGAGGAUCGGGAAUGAUGAGCUUUUGAUUAUGUUGGAGAAAGAAGAGGAGGAGAAGAAGAUGUUGGAGAGCAAGUAUGAUGAGUUAGUUAAGAGAUUUAGCGAGAUUGAAAAGGAGUGUUCGUGUUUGAAGUCGCUCUAUGAUGAUGCUAAGAGACUCAACGGUCAAGGAAGGAACAAUGUGGGUUUGGAAGAUGAGGUGAUUGUGGUGGGUGAGAAUCAUAAUGUGAACAACAACAACAACACAGUGGCUGGUAUGUCUGUUUUUUCUCUUGUUUUGGUGAACCUCUGCUGUAUUUGUUAUGUAAACAAAAGAAAAAGAAGUGUUUUGGUUUGGAUCUUUCUUUUGUGUGCAGAUGCGAUUGUGCUCAGUGACGAGAGUGAUGCUGAGAAUGAUAAUCCCACAAGAGAGAGCAACAUAAAACAAGAAGGCAGCAAUGGAGUAAACUCAUCACAAGUGAAGCAUUCAUCAUCAUCAAAAAUAACGCAUCCAUUAUCCUCCCCUUCCUCCUCCUCUUCAUCAUCAUCAUCAGAUGUGUAUCUUGUUCCGCUUAAAAGAUCCCGGGUUGAUGAUUAGAGCAAGACGUUUUAGAAGCCGUCAGAUGCAGAGAACAUAAAGCUGCUCUUUUAUCAAAUAUCAGAUGUAUUGUUUUUUGUUUUUGUCCCUGAGUUUUAACAAUUUCAAGGAGCUAGAUUGCUAAUGUUAUUCUUGUUAGGUGAAUUCUCUAUUUGUUUUAAAGUACUACUUGGAUCGUAUAUAUUCGGCUUGAAUAUCUAAUCUGC